UUCCGGGCCAGUGGCCGGACAUGGGCGGCGGUUUACCGGGUGACCGCGGCGCUGCCCGAGGCCAGAGACGGAAUCCGGCUGUCUGUGAGCCCUGCUCUCUCGAGCCUCUCCCGGGACAUGGGGCCGCGCCCUCCCCGGCCUCCGCCGCGUUCGCCCUGUGCUCAGCUCUGCCCUCCUCCGGCCCGAGUGUGACGGAGCGGCGCAGCCAUGAGCGCCAACCCCCAGUGGGACAUCCGCAGGGCGCUGAGGGUGGCCAGGCUCUUCCAUCUGGUGUGUGGGGUCCGGGAAGCCUGCGUGACCCCGUUCCUGACGCUCUACCUGAGGCAUCUGGGCUUGGCCGCGCCCUGGGUGGGCAUCCUAAUGGGGAGCAAGCUCCUGGUCGCAGCCUGCUGGGGUCCCUUCUGUGCCUUCCUGGCCAAAAGCUGCCAGAAAAGAAGAGUAUUUCUGGUAGGCUCGCUGCUCGGCUCGGCGGGAGCCAGCCUCUUGAUGGUCCUGGUCCCACCGCUGAACACAGAUGUGCUGCAUCGCCCCUGCAAUGGAAGCAGUAGCAUGACCACCACAGUCCGGCCACCAGGCGUCACACUCACUGUGACCGUGACCGCUGCGCGAGAUCCUGCCUCUAUCCACCCUGCAGGGCUGCCCAGCCUCCCAGCCAGGAGGAGGCCCGAAGGUUUGGAGGCCUCUGACUUCACAGCUGGACCUGGGGAAAGUGAUCAAGAAACUCUGGAGGGGCUGCACUUAGAGAGCUCUCUGGAAGGGGCUCGGACCACACCCCUCCUUCUCCAACCCUUCACUUCCUGGGAAAGUGCUUCUCAGGUGGUGGAUACUGCCCUCCUGCUUCCCAGAGAGGCAGUGCUGGGCGGUCCAGCCAAUGUCUCAGAGGCCAAGGGGGAAGCUGGGUCCCUCGAGCUCUCCUCAGAAGGGUUGCAGUGGACUUUCCUUCUCGCCUUGGGCUUCAUAGUGUUCUGGGAGUUGCUGGCAGCCCCUCUGGAGCAGGUGGCCAGCGACAGCCUUUAUGAAUACCUGGAUUUUGUUGACGCCACUGACCGAUACAGAAGUCUGGGGCUCUGGAGACUGCUGGGUAUGGCAGCAGGUGUGUGUGGCAUCGCAGCCUUUGUGGGGCGACUGGACUGCUUCCUGAUGACAAAUGGCACUCGGGGUGUGGUGUGCUUCUACGGCUACUCACUGGUCAGCACGCUGUCCUUACUGGUGAGCGUUACCUUUCCUGUCCCCACCUACCAGCAGCAGGAGCCCGGCUACAAAACCACCAAAGCACUGUCUCUGCUAGGGGGCGACCCCCGCCUCCUCCUCCUGGCCCUCACUGUUCUUUUGAUAGGAAUCGUCACCAGUACAGUGCAGAACUUUCUCUUCUGGCACAUGGAGGAUCAUGGCAGCAGUGAGCUGGUCAUGGGCUUCUCAGUGGCCCUCAGCUUGCUGGGGGAAAUUCUGCUCUACCCGUUUAAAACUGUGUUGCUUCGGAAAUUGUCCAGGGUGGGUGCAGUGGGACUGGGGUUGGGGUGCCUCGCCGGGCAGCUGCUGUACUACUCUUUCCUCUGGAGCUGGUGGUCCGUCUUCCCUGUUCAGAUUCUGAGUGCCAUCAGCAGUGGGGUUUUGUGGUGGGCCGUGGAGGCCUCCGUGGAGGACCUGGCCACCCCCGGCACAGAGAGGCCCCUGAGCGCCAUGUUCCGAGGCCACUUCCACUGGGGGGGCUGCAGCCUGGGCAGUUUUGUGGGGGGUUUCCUGGUGAUACGCUUCAGCCUGGCCGUGCUCUACCGCACCUGCUGUGUGGUCCUGUUGCUCUGGCUGGCUGUGUUCCUGUCCAUCCAGCCCAGGCUGCCCCAAGAGCGGAAAAUCAACUACUCCAAGCUGCUGGCCGUGGAGGGGAGUGAUACCAGCGACUCUGAGCCAGGGUCAGAACGGGACUGGCUUGUGAAGGCCAUGAGGGAGGAGCCCUCAAACUAGAGAGGCGAGCGGAGGUCAUAGUGCACGGAUCUGGGAAGCAGCUAAUGGGUGGGACAAAGUUCACUCCGCUGAGGACAGAAUCCCACCCUGGGUUGCAAGGAGCUUGGAGAGAGAAGGCAUUUCUAUGCUGGAGGCCUGAUUUUCUUUACUUUUCUAGUGAAAGAUGAUCUGACUUUUUUGUCAUUAAAUCAUUUUAAAAUAA